AUGCCUCAUCCCCACCCGAAGCCGACCGAGGACGACUGGCUCUGCUACAAGUCUGCCAUCCGUCGCCUGUACCUCGUGGACGAUGUUCCUUUGAGGGGAUUUAUCGGCAAGGUGGGCAACCUUGACCUGACUCAUCUUGGAUGGCUGCUCUCGUACCGAGUUGAUAGCAACACUCGAUACAACGGAAAACCCCCACUCGAGGCCAGCAUAAACAAGAGAUUGCUAGGAUGCACACGAAUGCUACUCAUGGCAGGUGCUAUGGAUCAUGCGAACGGUUUCAUGACGUCACUUGAAGAAGCUUCAAGAGCGGCAGAAGACGUCGGUGUCGAAUGGUCCGAGGACAAAGAGCUCAUCCAACUUAUGCUACGACAUAGCCCCCGAUCUCAUUGCGACAGGGUCCUUGGAGAGGCCAUAGAAACAGGGUCUGUGGAUAUCGUCCAUAGUUUUGUGCGCAGAGGCGCCAAUCUUCUUCGAGUCGUUCCCCCGCUCCUCCGAAAGGGAAAAACCACGGCGCUCGGCCUGGCGGCUUCGGUGAUAUGGGUUCACGAUUCUUGGCCUGGAAAAUACGGGGAAGCAGCAGCUCCAAAGACUGCUCUCAUGCGAUUUAUCCUCCACGCCCUUGUGGCUCAGUACCCGUCGAGGUCCAUUUCAAGUUUUGUCACCCCUAACGUCUUUAUCUCUGCUGCAGAAGCAGGUAACAUGGAUGUCCUCCAGUACCUCUGCACAACCUCACCAAGCAUUGGGGCCAUAAACCAUCAUGGCUUUAAUGCCUUGCACGCCGCGGCUUCUCGGGACGAUGUCGAUGCCUGCGACUUUGUCCUCGGUCAAAAGGUGCCGGUAAAUACGCCGUCAUCAACCCUCUCCGCGCUUCACAUUGCUGCUCUAUGGGGCCAUGACAAGAUCGUCGACUUGCCGAUCCAAAACGGCACCGACCUGGAUGCUGCGGGAAACCUCGAUAUCGACUUGACCGUCAUACCAGGCCGGAGUGUGAAAUUUGACAAUCGGGUCAAGGAGGUCUUAUAA